CACAUGAUUGGGGGUGUAUUUCCUACACAGGUUCCUGGGCUGCUGUGCGGCUUUUAUUCAAAAAUCACCAUUCCGGAGAACAAUCUGAUCUGAUCAACACACGAGCAUUUCACAAGGAGGGCUGCCGACAAUGCCGAUGUCGGGUUGAGGGCAGUGGGCUUACAGGGCCAGUAAUGGCUUAUGGACAAAGGCCAGCAACCAUCUCCAAAAUAUUGGCCCCCAGCCCUUCGCUGCGCCCCAGUCCAGAACUCAUUAAACCGAGCCAAGAGGAGCAGCAAGAUCUGGUGAGGAAAGCGUCCGAACAACCACCGUGCACCUUGGAGGAUGAUAACGAUGAGCAGCUGACUCUUUCUGUCUCUGAAAACCAGUGUUACAUGAGCUGUGACCCAAGUCCCGAGGACAUGGAGGACACCUGCUCUGAGUACGACAACGUGGGCUCUGAUGUGGAGCAGGACUACGAUGAGGUGCUGCAUUUGAACAGAGAGGGUGUGGUGGACAUGAGGUACUACAAACAGUACUCCCAUGAGGGUGGUGGCUUUAUGAAGCAUGCAUUAGGUGAUGACAUCAAUGAGAACAGCAGUGGACAGUUCACCCAAAGGCCUCGUCACGGCACAGAGGUUUGUGAGGGAUCACAUGCAGACACUAAAAGUCACAAGACGGCCCAUCGCUUCAGGUCAAAUUGUGCUCCUGCUGCUGGGGAUGAAGCGGGUACAGAGGUGGGAAAAGGCCAGGAGAACAGGUUCUUCUUCAGUGAUGGGGAUGAGAUAGAGGUGGUGCUGGAUGGAGCCAAGUUCAUUGAGGAUUUAGAGGAGCCUGAGGAGAGUGUACAAAGGCCGACUAUCGUUUAUCAGGACAAUGAGAAUGAGAAAAUUAAAAAGGGAAUUGAUGAAAGGGAAAGAGAGGAAGAUACUCGAGUCAGAAGAAACCAGCAUAUCCAAGGAGCGGGCAAGAAGUGUGAGCCCCCUCAAGUGGGCGCAAAGGAGAAAGAAAAGCAAGGGAAAGGACGAGGGAGGAGGGGAACAGGAGAAGACGUGGAGUAUGUUGUCUCUGGUAACAAAGGAGGCCCCACAAACAGUGCCGAACAGCGUCCAAAGACUUUGUCAAAGGACGGCAAAAAACCUGCUGUGCGCUCUAAAGCUCGGUCCAGUUCAAGUAAGCAGCAUCCCCCUUCACCUCCUCGUCAGUCCAGUGCUCAGUCCCCUACAGACACCAAGAAGGCCCCGUCUCGUAGAGAGCCUCCUCCUGUUUCCAGACCAUGUCCUCCGUCUUCUAACAGCCAGGACAGCGACACCGGUGUUACCAAACCGUCCCCGGCACCUCUUCACACGCCAGAGCAACAGAGGGAGCCUCUUGAGGAGAAGCAGAGACGGCCAGAGAAACCUAAGCAGGUUGAGAAGCCAGUGACCCCUGCUGUGACACCUGAGGAGGUACCAGAGCACCAACAAAGGCCUCAGUGUCCGGAGCUCGUCCCUGCAGAGGAGAGCAACACACCCAUGAAGACCCAGGAGGCGGCUGCUUUCCCCAGCUUUGAGGAUGUGCCAGGUCCCUGUGAGCCAGAGGAUCUUAUUGAUGGGAUCAUCUUUGCUGCAAACUACCUUGGCUGCACUCAGGUGUUGUCAGAUAAAAACCCAUCGAAGUCUGUCCGCAUGUCCCAGGCCCAUGAAGCUGUCAGUCAUAUCAAGAGUCAAGAUGAGGACUCUCAGUUGAUGACAGAGGUGGACCUGUUUAUCUCGACGAAAGCUGUCAAAGUGCUGAAUGCGGAUACACAGGAGACAAUGAUGGACAGCGCCCUGCGGACCAUCUCCUACAUCGCUGACAUUGGCAGUAUUGUGGUUCUGAUGGCACGUAGGCGCAUGUCUCAGGCGUCAUCAGAGGAUUUCUCAGAAUCUGCCGACUCUUCCAGUGAAGGGAAUAAUCAGUACAGGAUGAUCUGCUAUGUCUUUGAGUCGGAGGAUGCGCAGCUCAUCGCACAGUCCAUCGGUCAGGCUUUUAGCGUGGCCUACAGAGAGUUCCUGCGUGCCAAUGGCAUCAACCCGACCGACCUGAGCCAGAAACAAUACAGUGACAUCAUCAACUCCCAGGAGAUGUACCACGAUGACCUGGUCCAUUUCUCAAACUCAGACAACUGUAAAGAGCUGUAUGUGGAGAAGCAGAAAGGAGAGAUUCUUGGUGUGGUGAUCGUGGAGUCCGGUUGGGGCUCCAUUCUGCCCACAGUGAUCCUGGCCAGUAUGCUAAACAGCGGCCCUGCAGCUCGCUCUGGGAAACUCAGUGUUGGGGACCAGAUCAUGUCCAUCAAUGACACCAGCCUGGUGGGGCUGCCACUCGCCACCUGUCAGGGCAUCAUUAAGGGUCUGAAGAAUCAAGUGAAGGUAAAGCUGAGUAUUGUGAGCUGCCCUCCUGUAACGACCGUCCUCAUCAAGAGACCUGACCUCAAGUUCCAGCUUGGCUUCAGUGUUCAGAAUGGCAUUAUCUGCAGUCUGAUGCGAGGGGGCAUCGCUGAGCGAGGCGGUGUUCGUGUUGGACACAGAAUCAUUGAAAUAAAUGGUCAGAGUGUUGUUGCCAUGGCACAUGAGAAGAUUGUUCAAACCCUGUCUGUCUCAGUGGGUGAGAUCAACAUGAAGACGAUGCCUGCUGUGAUGUUCAGACUGCUGACAGGACAGGAGACGCCUAUCUACAUCUAGAGACCCUGCAUGGAUCAGCCCACUGUAGUCCUGCAUGUCUGGCUGUGUGGAGGCAAUGGACAGAUGAUGAGACAGGUGGCUCCAGUGGGAACCAGGAGAAUUUAUUUUUCUAUCAUUUUAUUUUUUGGGCCUCUUGUUGCAGUGCUGUAAAGAACACCCAGUUCUCAUUUUCAGGUUUGAUCUUGAAUUACAUUGUCAUAAUGGCCUUACAAUGUGAAUACUCCGUCUGUAGUACUGUACUUGAGUGUCUGCUGUUGAAGAAAAGUAGCUUUAAGGUCAUGAUUAUUUUCUUAUGAAGAGAUAAAUUAGUACAUUUAUUUUUUAUUUAGUCAUUUUAUAAUGUGUAUGGGCUUAAAAAUGUAUCUACUGUAAAUACUUUGGAUUACUCAAGGACUUGGUUGGAAAGGCCAUAUUACUCCUAAAGUAUAUGCAUGUUAUUCUGAAGAAUUACUGACCAGGGAUGAAUCAUCAAUCUGACAUGAUAAUCUAUUACUGUAAGUAUUAAAAGAAGCUAAUAAUGUGCUUUACAAAGCACUAAACUAUGUGUAUUAUGGUGAUGCUGAAGGCCAAAGACACACCUACUUUUCAAAGACAUGCAGUAUGGGGGAUCACUACCUUUACUGGGACGUACAGUACAAGAAUGUAUCAAAAUAUACAUUACUGAAUGAAUGUAAUGUUAUACCACAGUAACAAUACAAUCUCACAGCUGAA